GCGUCCCUUAAACUUGGAGCAAUCGGGGAGAGCCAUUUCUGCGAGGACACGCCGGCCGGUCUCUCCAUCGUCGUCGGUUUCUGCGAUCGAGCUGCUGACGGACAGCCACCGGAAGCGCGUCAGAUUCGCGCAACAGCGCCGCGUUUGAGUUGUCAGAGAGACAGACGGAUAAAAGUAGAGAAAGAGAGGGAGUGAGAAAAAGAGAAAGAGACCGCGCACACAGUCGUCGCCUAUCCGCGGAUCGAGCGACUCGCAGUCGGCCAGUUGAGGCGCGAGGAAGCCAGCAGCGGAAAACAAAAGAAGGAAGGUGCCAAGCCCGAUCGAGGACCGAUCUCGUCGCAGAAGUCGUCCAAGGACCCCGUGCUCUCUCUCACCCCGUGCAUUUUGCCUCUCGCGUGUGCAGCCCGUGACCCACACGCGAUCCGCGAUCCGAUCCACGCUCGUGUCCGGGAUUCCAGCCAACAGUUGCAUCCGCGUCUCGUCCCAGUAAUAAGGAUAUACCAUCGGACCGGACGCCUGCAGCAGCUCCUACCACCGAUUUCUAACCCGCGCGAUUGUCUCCAUUAUCGCCGGUAUAUACUCCGUAUAUACUCCGCAUAUACUCCGCAUAUACUCCGUUCUCCUUCCGUUCAAUCAUCCCGUCCUGUGACGUCGUCGCGAUCCCCCCGUCGUGUCGUGUCCGCGUUCAAACUCCACUGAACUCCCGCCGGGUCCCACGUAGAUCCCGAGUCUACGACGAGGUCAGUACUCGGGGAAUCGGGUGUACGCGAGUCCGCGCGCACGCGCACCGAAACUUCGUCGUUUUCGUUUCGAAACCUGACCGUACACGUGACCGAGCCGCGUACUCGGUGGAAGCCGGCAUCAUAGCGUCGAGAAGCGAGCAGCCAGCCACCAUGUCAAAGCUCUACGUGGGCAAUCUGCCGUCAGAUUGCAACGAGAGCGCUCUCAGGCAACUCUUCCAGGAGCACAGCUUGGCAUGCACCACGAUCCUGGUUAAGCGUGGCGGCUACGCCUUCGUCGACUGUGCCGAUCAGUCCACAGCCGAUCGGGCAAUCGACAAACUGAACGGAUAUACCUAUCUCGGAUCCUCGCUCGUUGUAGAACCGUCCGUAGCCAGCGCCGCAAAAAAACGGGGUAGCGGCACCGCCCUACCAGAAUCUCCGGUCGGCCAGGUCGGCAACAGAUGGAGCAGCAGCGGAGUUGCUAAAGUCCUCGUAAGCAAUCUAUCGGCUCAAGUACGACUAGAAGAGCUGGACCUGCUGUUCUCCAACUACGGCCAGAUCCAAAACAUCGAAAAAGUGCCGUCGAGGGAUCCAAAUUUACUAAGCGUGCUCAUUAGCUAUGAGACGCAAGAGCAAGUACAACAGGCUGUGAACCAGUUAAAUGGCUACGAUUUCGAGGGCAAUCCGCUGAAAGUGGAGAUGUCCUCGGCGGAGAGCCGACGCAGAGGCCGCAGCCAACGCAGCGGCGGCGUGGCCUUCGCGGGACUGCCGGGUUCCGGUCGUCAGACGGAUUUCCCGCUGCGUAUCCUCGUCCAAUCCGACAUGGUGGGUGCGAUAAUCGGCCGGCAAGGUUCCACCAUACGGCAGAUCACGCAGAUGACACGCGCCCGGGUCGAUGUGCAUCGUAAGGACAACGUCGGCUCUCUGGAGAAAGCUAUCACCAUCUACGGCAAUCCCGAGAACUGCACCAAUGCUUGCAAGAAGAUCCUGGAAGUCAUGCAACAGGAGGCCAACAACACGAACAAGGGUGAGAUCACUCUGAAAAUCCUCGCGCACAACAAUCUCAUCGGUCGAAUCAUCGGUAAGGGCGGUAACACCAUCAAGAGAAUCAUGCAGGACACCGAUACGAAGAUCACUGUUAGCAGUAUCAACGACAUCAACAGCUUCAAUCUCGAACGCAUCAUCACGGUUAAGGGAUCAAUCGACAACAUGAGCAAAGCCGAGUCCAUGAUCUCCAGCAAGCUCCGUCAAAGCUACGAAAACGAUCUGCAAGCUAUGGCUCCCCAAAGCAUGAUGUUCCCCGGCCUGCACCCGAUGGCCAUGAUGUCCACCGCCGGCAUGGGCUACAGCUCCCGUGGUCCCGGCCUCUAUGGUUCUGGACCCGCCCCAUAUCCCUACCAGAGCAGCCUGCCUACUCAACAGGGCGUCCCCGCCAGCGAUACCCAGGAGACGACUUUCCUCUACAUUCCCAACAACAGUGUCGGCGCCAUCAUCGGCACCAAAGGCUCCCAUAUCCGUAACAUAAUCAGGUUCUCCGGCGCGAGCGUAAAGAUCGCUCCUCUUGAACAAGAUAAGCCGGCUGAGCAACAGACUGAGAGGAAGGUCACCAUCGUCGGCUCCCCGGAAUCUCAGUGGAAGGCCCAGUAUUUGAUCUUUGAGAAGAUGCGGGAAGAGGGAUACGUCGCCGGUACCGAAGAUGUUAGACUGACCAUCGAGAUCCUCGUGCCCAGUACUCAGGUCGGCCGAAUCAUUGGCAAAGGUGGUCAAAACGUGAGGGAAUUACAGCGCGUGACUGGUAGCGUUAUUAAAUUGUCAGAACAGCAAGCGACUCCUCCUUCAGCGGAAGAGGAAACAACUGUCCAUAUAAUCGGUCCCUUCUUCUCCGUUCAGUCGGCACAGAGAAGAAUCCGCGCGAUGGUGUUGCAAUCAGGUGCACCCGGUGGAACCGGUGGUGCUACACGCGCCGGUCGCGGUAGCAGCCAAGAGGGUACCUCCCGUUCUAAAAGAGAUGGCAGCGCCACUUCCCAGGGCGGCACGACGUCGCAGCCCAGCUCCCAACAGCAGUCUGUCGGCUCGCCAUCGAGCCAACAACAGCAGCAGCAGCAGCAGCAACAGCCGCAGCCGCCAUCAUCGCCGCAGUAACAUUAACAUCGAUGACACCGACCUGACGCGGACCGACGCCACAAACGCCCAUCCGCUUCAUUCGCCGGAGUGGCCUCGUCGUCGCUUUGACAUUCUCUCUCGUCGAGAGGCUGAGCUUAUCGCGAUCUCCUCCUCUCGCGGGGCGCGCGCGACCCUCCCUGAUGAGGGAGGGCUUCGAAGUCGAGGGUGCGCGACGCGCAGAUCGCGACGGGAAGACGCCCGGCAAUGUUCUGAGAAUUAACUCGACCCGAGAUCCAACAACUAGAUUCGCGGACUCUCGCACUUAGUGAGGUAGUAACAAGGUUCCCGUUAUCAGUUUUAUAAAUGAUUCACGAGUCCUAACUUGACGAAUCAACGGGAAUUCUGAAGAAGGGUGCUCGGCGAGUCCACAAUUCGGCGAGUUAAUUCUGAGAAUUCGAACGAAGAAUUGUUAUUCCAAAGAUUCUAAUUCCAAGACUCGAUUGUUGUGAGUCAAUCUGAAGAGUCAACGAGGCCCUGGGCCCUCCGUUCGGUUCGACACGGGCGCGUUCAUCGUGAUCGAUGUUAAUCACGUGCGAAUGAUUAAUUUAAAGUCUUAAGUGUCCUUUUCGACAAUGGGGAUACACAUAUUGUGAUUAAUCGCAUUGGUAUUUGGUUGAAACAAUUCGAUUGCGAUUCUUGAAUUACAACUUAAACGCGAAGCUCGGCAAUGGUAGGCGAAGCAAAGUGCGGAGCUGCAAUCGAUCGGAGGAGCACCGAACAUAUAUUAUCGAAUCUGGCUUCGUCCAGGUAGACACUGCCCAUACGCGAUCGCUGACUCUCACGACGAACUCCCAUCCUCGUUGACGAGGAUCGUGGCGUUUUCCCCUUUGCUCUACGCGUCGCGCCUGCGUCCCGCGCGCGCACAUCCCCCGCGAUAGCGACGAAGCGACAACACACAGCCGCGCACGACCCAAUUUCGCAGCGCUAACGAAACCACCGCCGCCGAUGAAAUAGGACACUUCGACGAGAAACAAACUGAUUUAAAAAAAAAAAAUAGAAAAAAAAGAAAAACACACACAACCUUAUUACCUCAUUGCAUUACGGUUAAAGAUUUAAUACGAUAAAGGAAAGUGAAACGCGCGGGAGAAGCGAUAAACCGAUUAAUCUAAAAAAAAAAAA